AUGGAAGGUGAGAGUUCUUUUUCAGUAGUGGCUCCACCAGUGUUUGAUGGAGAAGACUACCAAGUGUGGGCAGUGAGAAUGGAAGCUUUUUUGGAUGCGUGUGAUUUGUGGGAAGCUGUAGAGGAAGAUUAUGAGGUACCUCCUUUACCAGGAAAUCCAACAAUGGCUCAGAUCAAAACACACAAGGAGAAAAAGACCAAAAAAUCCAAAGCAAAGAAUUGUCUCUUUGCUGCAGUUUCUCCUACCAUCUUCAGCAAGAUCAUGUCGCUUGGCUCAGCUAAAGCUAUCUGGGAUUUUCUCAAGAAUGAGUAUAAAGGAGAUGAAAGAAUUAGAGGAAUGAAGGUGCUGAAUCUGGUUAGAGAAUUUGAAAUGCAGCAUAUGAAGGAAUCAGAAACCGUCAAGGUGUAUGUAGAAAGGCUAUCUGGCAUUGCAAAUAAGGUAAGGAUACUUGGAGCUGAACUUACUGACAAUAGAAUUGUUCAAAAAAUACUUGUAUCCUUGCCUGAAAGAUAUGAGGCAACCAUUGCUUCUUUGGAAAACACUAAAGAUCUGUCAAAGAUCAGUUUGGCAGAAUUAGUAAGUGCACUGCAGGCACAGGAACAAAGAAGAAUGAUGAGGCAAGAAGGAACUACUGAGGGAGCCUUGCAAGCCAAAUGA